UCGGCUGAGGCUGCUUGUGAUAUCUUAUCCCAGCUUGUGAAUUGUUCUUUAAAGACCCUCGGACUGAUUUCCACUGCUCGACCGAGUUUCAUGGAUUUACCAAAGAUAGACGGUACGCCAGUAGACGAUCCAUCUCUCAAGGUGUUGGUGGCUAACAACAGUGAUACCCUAAAACUCUUAAAAAUGAGCAGCUGUCCCCAUGUUUCUCCAGCAGGAAUCCUUUGUGUAGCUGACCAGUGCCAUGGCUUACGAGAGCUGGCCUUGAACUACCACUUGUUAAGCGAUGAGCUCCUUCUUGCUCUGUCGUCUGAAAAACAUGUCCGAUUGGAACAUUUGCGCAUUGACGUCGUCAGUGAGAACCCGGGACAGACGCACUUCCACACACUGGAGAAAAGCAGUUGGGAUGCUUUCCUCAGACAUUCCCCUAAAGUGAAUUUGGUUAUGUACUUUUUCUUGUACGAAGAAGAAUUUGAUCCCUUCUUCCGAUACGAAACUCCGGUCACCCAUCUUUAUUUUGGGAGAUCGGUCAGCAAAGAGGUCCUUGGACGGGUUGGAAUGACGUGUCCGCGACUGGUUGAACUGGUGGUGUGCGCCAACGGGCUACGGCCCCUGGAUGAAGAGUUGAUCCGCAUUGCUGAGCGUUGUAAGAACCUGUCAGCCAUUGGCCUCGGAGAAUGUGGUGUGUCCUGCAGUGCCUUUGUGGAGUUUGUGAAAAUGUGUGGUGGCCGCUUGUCUCAGCUGUCAAUCAUGGAAGAGGUCUUGAUCCCCGACCAGAAGUACAGCUUGGAGCAGAUUCAUUGGGAAGUGUCCAAGCAUCUCGGGAGAGUUUGGUUUCCAGACAUGAUGCCCACCUGGUAGAGCUAUUGGGGACAAGCCCUUAGCUUGGGCCAGCCUUGUGGCAGGUUCAUCAUAAUAAGCUUCUUCGUGAUCUUAGGAUCUUUCAAGCACUGUAGAAAAUCAGUCUACUCCUUAGUACUGGUUUCUAAAAUCGGGGUUUAAAAAGUGUCCAGGGAUGAACGAAACGUCUUCACAUGACUUUAUCAUUGGCCUAUUUUUGUCCUAACAAGAUGGAUGCUACCGUAUGUAGAUGUUGACAUGUGUUUACAUAUUCAGAGGCUGCAGUUCCAAAUCGUGUUCUGUUACAUUACAGUAUUUUAGCCUGCCUCUUGGAAAUAUUACUGCAACUGACUUUGUAAAGGAGCAUAUAUCGCUUUAAUGAUGUAAUCCGGGAAGCUGCAGGCAUUAACCCAGGAUAUAUAACAAUGAAUUGCUUCAAGUGCAGAUUUAUAAUUCUAGAUCCCAAAACCAUAACUGUGGGUCGUUUGGUGUUUCCGUAACAUUAUAUAGAGCCCUGGGACAUGGUAGCUGGGGUAUCUUUGUCUGUGGAAAAUGUAAGUAUUUGCUGCUUAUUAAACCUCUCCAGAAAAUCUA